UGUCAGUUUGUCAAGUAUGAUUUCCUGUUGGAUGUUGGGGGGGGCCGAGUUGGAACAGUUUGCCUGGGGAAAACAUAAAAAAUAAAUGCAUGAACCUACAUCGCAAAGUCGUUUAUCAAGAGGCGUUGAUCGCAUGGCAUUUAUUUGCAUCUUAAUGACUCUGUCAACCGAUUUCCUGUGAAAAGAGAGCUCACCCUGCUGCCUGGAUGAGCCUCCCGCCGGCCUCCGCCAUGAGCAAGCAGCAGAGCAAAGAGUCCCUGAAAGACAAGGUGAAGGGGAUCUUUGGCCUGGGACCCUCACGACCCCCCAGCAAGCAGACAGAGAGCAAGCCCUCCGAGUUGAUCAUCACCAAUGAAAUCCUCAAGGAGCUUGGUCCAGAGUGCGGGCUGCACAACAGGAUCCGGAUCAUCAAUCAAGUGUGCGACCUUGCCAAGUCCAAGAAAUUUGAGGAGAACGCGGUGGAGGCGCUGUGGACCGCCGUGGAGGACAUGCUGCAGCCGGAGCAGCCGGCCGAGGCGCGACAUGCCGUGCUGCAGCUGCUGAGGGCCAUCAUCCAGGGACAGGGGGAGAGGCUGGGGCCACUGCGUGCCUACUUUUUUAAGGUUGUCAGGGACUACCACCCCUGCAACGAGGACCUGGCGGACCGGCUGGAGGUGUUCAAAGCGCUGACGGAGAACGGGAAGGAUAUCACAUAUUUGGAGGAGGACAUUGCUCGCUUUGUGCUCCUCUGGAUGGACGUGGGCCUGACUGCGGACUUCCUCCACGUCCUGGUCAACCUGGUCAAGUUCAACAGCUGCUACCUGGACCACAACGUCUCUCACAUGGUCCAGAAAAUAUGUUUGCUGUGCAAUCGGACCACUUCUUCCACAGACAUCGAGGUGGCGCUGCAGGUGCUGGAUGCUGUAGUGUGCUACAACUGCCUGCCGUCUGACUCCCUGUCUGUGUUCAUCAGUACGCUGUGCCGUACCGUUAAUGUGAAGGAGUUCUGUGAGUCUUGCUGGAAGCUGAUGCGUAAAGUUCUGGGGACUCACCUGGGACACAGUGCCAUUUACACCAUGUGCCGCAUCAUGGAGGACAGGGCCUACACGGAGGACGCUGCCUUGCUCCGCGGCGCCGUGUUCUUCGUGGGAAUGGCCCUGUGGGGGGCGCACCGGCUCUCCGCCCUAAAAAACACCCCCACGCUGGUGCUGCCCUCCUUCUACAAGGCCAUGACCAGUCCCAACGAGGUGGUGUCGUACGAGAUCGUGCUCUCCAUCACCAGGCUCAUCAAGAAAUACGGCAAGGAGCUGCAGGUGGUGACCUGGGACAUCCUGCUCAAAAUCAUCGAGAGGCUUCUCCAGCAGAUACAGACUAUCGGCAGCCAGGAGCUGAAGAUGAUCGUCCACGAGCUGCUGACCACCGUGGAGGAGCUGUACGAGCAGAGCGGUUACCAUGGCUCCUCCGAGCGCUUCUUCAGCCUCAUAGAGAAGUGCUCGGACAAGAGGCCGGAGUCCUCUGUGCUGACGCUCAUCUCUUACCGAGCCCACUCCAUCCAGCCUGCCAAAGACGGCUGGAUCCAGAACCUCCACAAGCUCAUGGAGAAGUUCUUCAGGAACGAGAGCCGCAGCGCCAUCCGGGUCAAAGUGCUGGACGUGCUCUCCUUCGUCCUCAGCACCAACCGGCAGCUCUACGAGGAGGAGCUGAUAGAGGUGGUGGUGAUCCCGCAGCUGAGCCAGAUAGCGGAGGAUCGGGACCUCCACGUGCGCAAGCUGGCCACGCAGCUCCUGGUGGACCUGGCCGAGGGCUGCAACACCCACCACUUCAACAGCCUGCUGGACAUCAUCGAGAAGGUGGCUGGUCGGUCUCUGGCCUGUUCAGGCUCAUUUGAGGGAGAGAGAGAGCUGUCUGCCGAGUCCCCUAUGGAGGACGUGAAGACGGCCGUGUUGGGCCUGCUGGAGAUCCUGCAGAGCAAGCUGUACAGCCUGCCCGCCAGCCACGCUAGCCGAGUGUACGAGCUGCUGAUCGCCCACCUACAGCUGCACUACAAGAACAAGUACUGCUCUGUGAUCGCCAGCAGCAUCCGCCUGCAGGUCUUUGACUUCCUGUUGCUGAUGCGUGCUGACUCGCUCCACCGCCUGGGGGUCCCCAACAAGGACGGGGCUCUACGCUUCAGCCCCUACUGCCUCUGUGACAUGGGGGAGACGGAGAAGAGGGCGAGCGAGAAGAAGCCCGCGGGCUCAGUGUCGCCCCCUGCUGGCAGCCCCGCCCCGCCAGCGCCGGCCUCCUCCAUCCGCACGGCCUGCCUGCCCUACUCCCUGGCCUUCUCCGUGCUGCUGCAGUGCUUAAAACUGGAGACGGACUGGAAGGUUCUGAAGCUGGUCCUGGACAAGAUGCCGUCGAUGCUGCAGUACAAAGUGCUCAUUCUGACCUCCCCCUGCAGCACCGACCAGCUGUGCUCAACGCUGUGCACUAUGGUCACAGACAGGCUGAUCUCUGAGAGGCUGCGGAAGACUCCGGAUGGGUUCGCCCGCAUGGACGUGCAGCUGGCCGUGGUGCCGGUGCUGACCGCCCUGACCUCCUACCACAGCUACCUGGAGCAGUCCCGCCAGAGGGAGCUGGUGCAGUGUCUGGAGACGGGUCUGAUAUACCGCAGUGCUAAGCAGUGUGUGGUGGCUCUCACCAUGUGCACGGUGGAGAUGCCCGACAUCAUGAUCAAGCUGCUGCCCGCCCUCAUCGUCAAGCUCACCCACAUCUCCGCCACCGUCACCAUGGCGUCGCCCAUGCUGGAGUUCCUCUCCACUCUAGUGCGGCUCCCUCACCUGUACGCCAACUUCGUGGCGGAGCAGUACGUCAGCGUGUUCGCCAUCUCCCUGCCCUACACCAACCCCUCCAAGUUCAACCAGUACAUCGUGUCCCUGGCGCACCAUGUGAUCGCCAUGUGGUUCAUCCGUUGUCGACUGAACUUCCGGAAGGAUUUUGUGCAGUACAUUACUAAGGGCCUGCGGUCCAACGCCCUGCUGCCCUUCGAUGACACGCACGAGCAGAGCAGCUUCCGAGCCCGCAGCACCAGUCUGAACGAGAGGCCCAAGAGUCUCCGAACCGCCAAAGUUGCGAAGCAGGGCCCGAGUAGCAACUCCCCCGUUAAAGAGCUGAAAGAUCUGUCGGCCAUGGACGCCUUCCGCUCCCGAAGCAUCAGCGUUUCCGAGCACGCGGUGCGCAGGAUGCACACCUCCAUCACCACCAGCAGCCUGGGCUCGGCGGACGAGAACGCCGUGGCGCAGGCGGACGACGGGCUGAAGACCGUCCACCUGGAGCUGACCGAGACCUGCCUGGACAUGAUGGCCCGCUACGUCUUCUCCAACUUCUCCGCCCUGCCCAAGAGGUCUCCCAUCGCAGAGUUCCUGUUGGCUGGGGGGCGGAGCAUGACCUGGCUGGUGGGCAACAAGUUGGUUACCAUAACGACGAGUGCAGGGGCGCGCUCGCAGGCCCUGUUGGGGCUGGACAUGGCGGAGAGGCACGGAGCCGGGGAACUGACCAGGUCAGACCCCUCCCUCCACACCAGGCAGACCAAAGAGGCGCCCGCCAAGCUGGAGUCCCAGUCCAGCCAGAACAAAGCCACUCGAACCCGAGUCCGCUCCAUAUCAGGUGGCAGCACAGAACAGAGAUUCCCAGAAAUUGAGUAUGAUAGUGGGCACGCCCUUUCUGCAGGCCCCGUCCACAGCCUGAGCCCGUUGGUGUCGCCCUCGGAGAACGAGUUCUGCGGGCCCCUGCCGUCCCCCGGGGCGCCCCUGGACGGGCUGGGGUCCCUGCGUGGAGAGGACCCGGCGAUGGCGUCCGCCCCGCAGAAGGACAAGUCCAGCCUGGCGGAGUUCGUGCCCAUGCUCACCCAGGGCUGGGCCGAGAUCUUCAUCCGCAGACCCUCUGGUAACACCAGCUGGCUGAUGUGCCUGGAGAACCCGCCCAGCCCCUUCUCCUCGGAGCUGGACAGCAUGCCCCUGCAGGAGCUCUCCAGCGUGCUCAUGGCCAUGGAGAGGGUGAAGGAGCCGAGGGCCCCUGGGGGCCCCGCCGCCCCCCAGGGCCACAAGCCCUCCCUCAUCCAGCGGUCCAACACAGUGGCGUCUCUCUCCUCUCUCUGCCUGUCCGCCCCGCCCGCCAGGCUGUACAGGAGUAUAUCCUGGGCAGACUCGGUGGUGGUACUGGAGGAGGGCGCCCGGGGCGGAGGGGUGGAGUCCCCCUCGGAGUCCCCCGAGAGCGAGGAGUUCGAGGCCAUGCCAUCCGAGCCCAUUUUCAUCAGCACCGACACCAUCAGCAAGACCCCCCAGACCCCCUACAGCAGGCAGUCCUCCUCCAGCUCCAGCCAGGAGGAGGACAAGUCCACGCUGGAGGAGGUGAGCGAGGGGGCCAUCCCGAUCGACCCCGCCCCGCUGGCCCUCCCCACGCCCGGCUCCCAGGACCCCGAGCUGGCCUUCCAGCCCAGCCAGACCCUCAACAAGUCCAGCUCGUCUCCCGAGCUGCAGACCCUGCAGGAGGCCUUCGCCCAGGCCCCGGGUUCCGUCCCGGGUUCCACCCCGGGUUCCGCCCCGGGGUCUGCCCUGGUGUCCGCUGCGGGUUCCACUCAGGGACCCGCUCUGGGAUCUGCUUCGGGACCCGCUCUGGGGCCCACAGAGGGGUGGGGGGCCGGCAGGGCCCCCGAGAGCAAGGCGCCGGCGGAAGAGGAGGGCGCGGGCGGGCCGGUGAACGGCCAGGCGGAGGGAGCCCCGGUGGGGGCCGCAGGAGGCGGAGGAGCAGCAGGAGGAGCAGCAGCAGGAGGAGCCGUGUCGGCGGCAGCGGCCUCCGCCUCCAGGAUGAGGCUGGAGUUCCCCGCCCCCCAGGCCAGCCCCCUCUCCCCCAGCGGCCACCGACCCCGGGGCCACACCAUCUCCGUCUCCGCCCCCUCCCGGCGCGAGAGGAAGAUGGAGCGCGACUCCUACCACAACCGCAGCGUCACCUCCAACUCGGAGAAGACGUCCGGCCUCAGCCCCAGCUUCGUCUUUCUGCAGCUCUACCACUCUCCUUUCUUCGGCAAUGAAGCCAACAAACCGCUGCUGCUGCCCAAGUCCCAGUUGAUUGACAGGGCCGUGAAAGUCCUGGAUCAGAUGCCUCCUUACGACACUCACAAGAUAGGCGUGGUGUUCGUGGGCACGGGACAGGUGAACAAUGAAGUAUCGAUCCUGUCCAAUGAGUACGGCUCGAACCGGUACGCCCAGUUUCUGACCGGCCUGGGGAAGCUCAUCCACCUGAAGGACUGCGACCCCGACCAGAUCUUCCUGGGGGGGCUGGACCAGUAUGGGGACGACGGGGAGUUCACCUACUGCUGGCAUGAUGACAUCAUGCAAGCCAUUUUCCACAUCGCCACUCUGAUGCCCAACCGCGAGUCGGACAAGGGCUGCUGCAACAAGAAGAGGCACAUCGGCAACGACUUCGUCGUCGUGGUCUACAACGGCUCCGGGGACGAGUACAAACUGGGCACCAUCAAGGGUCAGUUUAAUUUUGUGGAGGUGGUGAUCAAACCAUUGGACUAUCAGAGCAACCUGGUCACUCUGCAGUGCCGCAAAGACCUGGAGGGGCUCGUGGACACCAGCGUGGCCAAGAUCGUUUCGGACCGGAACCUUCCCCUGCUUGUGCGGCAAAUGGCACUACACGCCAACAUGGCGUCACUCGUGCACCAGAACAGAUCCAAUCCCUCCGAUGCCUAUGCCUCCAAGUGGCUGGCCAGGCUGCGGCACAUCAAGAGGAUUCGAACCCGGGCUCAGGAAGAGGUGCAGUCCCGCCCCACGCCCGGGAUCUCCCUCACCCAGGGCCACGGCCCAGGGCAGAGCAAGACCCCCUACCAGCAGGGCGGCGGUAUGUCCAACCCCGACUCGGGCCAGAGGAAGAGGCUCGUCUCCACUGUGGACGACUUCACUGACUUUGUCUGACAUCCUCGCUCCCGAUUCGCCGAGAGGGCGUUUUGUCAGCGGGCUUCGGAGCUUAUUAUUGUGGGGGCCGGGAGUGGUAGGAGGUAGGGGGGGUGUGGCUUCCCAUGCCCCUCCCCCAGUCUGAGUUACCAAAUUUCUUCUUGUUUUUUUUAAUGCUCGGUUAAUCACCCUUGACCGUUUUUUCUUCUUCAUUUCCACAUUUGCCAAUUUUCUCUCCGCUUAAGUGUUUCUCAUUAGCGUACACACACACACAUACACACACACACACACACACACACACACACACACACACACACACCUGUCACACUGGUGUCCCUCCUCCCUCCGCCACUCUCCUGCCCUCUGCAUUGCACUGUACCUCAGUGCUGUUUUUACUGUAAUGAAGUGUAUGCUACACUGUUAAUUGGAGCACUUAUCCCUGGUCUGUUCACAGUUCUCCCAGCUCGUUAGCCGCAGCUCGUUAGCCGCGGCUCGCGUUAGCGCGAGGAGCGCAGUUCAGUGCCGCAGGCUGAUAGAGACAGAGCGGCGCUGGCUCUCUCGCUCUCUCUCUCUCUCUUCACAGGGACGGAGUUUAGCCUGGCCGUCGCAUGUGAGAAGCACUUACAGUGGUUGCGCGAGAGGGCGGGGGGGACGGUGGAGUUAAAAAAAUAAAAAAUAAAAAAAUAAAAAAAUCGGUUCCCGAAUUAGCGCCCAUAGACUAAAUGAACAUCAUCUGUCAUUUCACAAGGAAUUACGCCACAAAUUACCACUCCUCCUGCUCCCCCCCCCCUUAAACUUUCAUCAGCUCCAGAGCAUUCUCAUGUGCAGCUGUCGCUAGCCUGUAGCUGGAUCUGCCUCUCUGAUCGUUUCCAGAAUGCCCGGCAAAAUGAAAAAUGAAAUGUAUUAAGUGAAACGACUGUGACCAACCCGCAUUGUGACGGAUUCUGGUCCAAUUUGCAUUAAUCUUUUUUCCCCCUAAUGCCUGAUGACAGGAACAAGAAAUUAUGGGGCAGCUUAGCAUUUGGGAGAGUGCUCCUCAGUUUAACAAAAGAAGUCAAUGAAAUGAUUUUAUAUGAUAACCUGACUGCAGCGAUACUUAUAGCAAGUCGAUGUUUUUUUUUUGGGAGGGGGGGGGGGGGGGGGGGGGGGGGGGGGGGGGGGGGUAGGGGGUCGUACAGGUGAUGUGUAUGCUGCUGACGAAGACCCAGCUGUGGAGUACUCCGCCUGACCGGCUAACGCUAAACGUUCUCACAAUGUUGCUGGAAUGUUUUUUUUGUCAAUGUUAUAACCGUUGCCACUAGCAUCGCAGCAACACUGUGAAAAUGGUCUGUAUUAGCUGGGUAAAGAGUGACUCCCAGCUGAGAAUGACUGAAAUUAACUGUGAGAUGAGGGGGGGGGGGGGGGGGGGGGGUGGGGUGGUGGGAGGGUAGGAGAGAUUAGAAUAAACACUAAGCGUCUGCGUGUGUGCAGGUGUGUGCGUACGUGUGAAAUAAAACAUCCAGUGAAUAAAACCA